AUGAGAGCAGCUGCUCCGGCGGCACUCGGGACGGUGGCGCUCUCCCGAGCUCUGUUCCUCCUCUUGACGGCGACUCUGAACUGUUGCCUCCAGAGUUGGGGAGCCCACGCGGAGACUCAUCCCCAGGAAGGUGAGCUGCGCCGACGACCACCCUCCUCCUCUCUGCUCCUCCUCGCACUGGAUCACCAGAAGCAGAUCUCUCUCUCUCUCUCUCUCUCUCUCUCUCUCUCGGUUUUUUACUUCGCUCGUCCUCUCAAGCCUGGCGUGUGGCGACCAUCGCUCAGCUUUUAUCCUCUCGAAUGGGUAAAAUAUAUCCUCUCUCAGCACACAUCGAGUAAAAACUAGAAAAAAAUCCAAACAUAUUCAAAUACAGAACCAUCUUCUACCUCAACUCCAGAGUAAGAUAUUAUUCUUCUCAGUAAUCCCAAUAUAAGGAAUUUAUUUACUCAUUAGAUAAAAUAUAUUAUAUUACUAGAGAUAUAAAUUCACACUAUCUCUAUAAAUUUAUAUAUAUAUUGUAAUUCACUUUAUGCGAGUUCUAACAACCCCCGUGGGGCACCGCGCGGGAACAGUCGAGGCACUGAAGCAGAUCGCUUCAAAGCUCAAGAUUCCGCCGACGCUGUGGAACUUCGGCGUAGAUCCUUGCACCCAAUGGACGAAGGAAGACAGGAACCCCUACGUCCACAAUGUCACCUGCCAGGAAUUCAGCACGAGCACCACGAACGAGACCACAAACACGACCACAAACACCAUCGUCUGGCGUGUCAUCGGCAUGUAGGGACCUGCCGCUGUCUCCUCUCGGAUUACGUUCCCGAUGUCUCGCAUAUUCUCUGUCCGAUCUGUGGGUGAUCGUUCUUGCACGUCCAAAAUUGUCGACAGCGAAAUCAAGGCGGCUAGCCUGGCUGGAGUGCUGCCGGAGGAGUUGGGGAAGCUCAGUCACCUAUCCUGGAUGUAAGUUCGCGGCUCUAAGUUAUAAUAUUUCUCGAUUCUUUCUUUGGAACUUUGACGGUGCUCAAUUUUCGUAUCCUCUGAAUCGGUGAAACUGAGCAGUGACUUCUCUCGGAACUACAUCAACGGCUCCAUACCUGCCGCUAAUUGGACCUCCACUCCUCUGCAAAACUUGUAAUUCACCACUCUUCCGGUCCUUAGGGACUCGUCAACGAAAAUUCGAUUUCUAUAUUCUGUGGUCCAUAUGCUUUCUAAGCGGUAGGGGAUCUAACGAAUGGGCUUUUUUGUGUACCACCGCAGAAACCUUCUGGCGAACCGUAUCUCAGGUCCGAUUCCUGAGGAGUUGGGCAGAAUUUCAACGCUUGAAACACUGUAAUCCCUCUAUAUCCUGUUCGUAGAAGACAUUUAAUGCACCAACCGGUGUUGUGCAUUGGUAUUAGUUGUUGAUCGACAUGUUUUAUUAAUGUUGAAUGCUUUACCUGAAGUUGCUUGGAGAGCAACAUGAUGCAAGGACCUCUUCCUCGUAGCCUCGGAAACCUGACCAACCUAAGAAGACUGUAAGCCUCUGGUCUAUGAUAUAUUUUUCUCUAUUACUUGAAUUAUCGUUCUUUAUCUGAAUCAAAAAGAGAAGAGAAGAAACAAACUAUAGGUACAAUGAUCGUAACUUAUGUGACUGGUUGAAGAAAAUCAGUGACAGUGCAUCAUGUCAUUUCAGCCUUCUUUCUUGUAACAACUUCUCGGGUGAGCUUCCAGAAACGCUGAGUAACCUGAAGAACUUGACAGAAGUGUACGGUUCCUGGUUUUAUAUUUGUUGAACUCUUUCAUGGGAUUAACGAUCGUCUUAAUAUAUUAUUAAUGGGCACCAGAUAAUGAUUUUCAGUACGCUGGAUGGGACGGAGAUAUCUGGGAAAAUACCAGGCUUCAUCGGGAACUGGACAAAACUACGAAGACUGUUAGCCCAGCUGUCUUUAUUUAUGUUUUCCAUGGGGCACUUGAUCAUUUGAAAUGGAUGUCUACAAGGCAUUCUCAUGGGCUAUAAUACGGUUUCUAAUGUCGCAGUGACAUGCAAGGAACAUUAAUGAAGGGUCCCUUUCCACCCGAGUUGUCAUAUUGCCAACGCAUAACGGAAUUGUAAGUCUGAGUUUACUCUGUUUCCGUACUUUAGGCUGUUCUCUGGACACUUUACUGAUAAUAGCUGUGUUGCCUCUAUGUUGGCUUUCCUUUUGUAGAAGAGUCUCUGACAUGAAAAAUACGGGCGGUAGCUUUCCUCCCCUCGAGAAAAUGCUAAAUAUGCAACAGUUGUAAGACUAGGAAUGAGAUUUAUCCACCCGCAUGAAUAUAUUUUUGACAAUUUUUUGACAGGUUUUUCCAUGUUAAAACUACAGGGUUCUCCGAAAUUGCUCAAUAUCUGGCAGCAUCCCGGACUACAUUGGCAAGUUUACUAAACUACAAUUUCUGUACGUCUUCUUGAACCUAAUUGUUAUAUAAUUUUGUAGAUCAGUGAUAAUCAUGUUUUGAUUUGACGAUUUUUAGAGUUAUUUUAGGAUAAAAUGCAGUUGUUAUGAUGCCUUGAACGAACAGAGACACGUUGCGUCCUUGCAUUUGUUUAGAACAUCUGCAUAUGAUAGGAAUGGUCUUGUCAGUGUUUUACAGGGUCUGCGGGCACUGCCCAAGAUACCUGCGGACUACCUCGUACGUUACAGAUGCUUUUUUAGAAGGCAUCCAUGAGCAUGCAUUUGAGUUUAUUCUUCUUUUCAUGUUUUUUUUUUUAAUUCCCUAAAUGGAUUUUACGCUUCGAGACUGGUUCAGAUAUCUGAUUCAGGUAACCUUAUCUGACGAUAGCACAUACAUCGCCAUUGAUGUUACCAGUGGUUGGUCCUUUAAUUUGCUGCUGUGCUCCUCUUCACUACAUAUUGGUUCAAAGAAACUGUAAUUGUGAACUCUAGACAUAUCAUAGGCCAGCAAAGAAGUCAGAGGCAAUAACUUUCAGAGAUAUAGAAGAUGAUUUAGACUUUCACUUAAGUCUGGGGUUCAAGGCACUUAAAUAAACGAAAAUGUGGUCAUUAUAUAUCUAGUGUGUCAACUUUGGCAGGAUUCUAAAGUAUGUACUUUAUUAACAACCCUUUAAUAGUGGGGAAACUUUAGUAACCUUGAAACCCACUGUCAGAAACUUUAUUAAUUUAGGUUAAUUUCUAUACUGUUUAGGAAAAAAAGAAAAACGUUGAUGUUGUCUUUGCAAACUUGUUCUGCAUCAAUGAUUUUCAUACUGCCGUUUUUCUCGCUUGCAGAUUUGUUGGAUUAUAAGCAAUAUUGAUCGCUCGUGUUCAUUUUGAAAUAAACAUUUGUACCUCAAAAAGUCAUAUUGGCUUGUCACAGGGAAAACAAAUAUUUUGGUUUCCUGUUUUUCACUGUUCUUGAUAAACUUCUGCUGCAGAGAUCUGAGCUUCAAUAAUUUGAUUGGAGAAAUACCAGUAAACAUUGAGAAUCUCAAAUUCCUAGAAACCAUGUAAGUGGGUAUGGCUUCGAGUUACUUGAGAAUUCAACUUAAUAGGCUAGUAGGAAAAUCUGAAGUGUCAUUCAUUUUACUCUUUAAGCAAUAUUUUCGUGAUAAUUUUAUUGUAUUUUACAUUUUUUGUUGAUUUUGCAUAAUCAGGUACCUUACAAGCAACAAACUUACUGGAUCGAUACCUAAUUGGAUUAAGAGACCCCAAAAAAAUAUGUACAUACUCUACUUCGAAUUGUUUCUGUUUCUUACGUCCUUAAGUAUUUUGGUUCCCAUUCAAUCAUCAUCAUAACCUAGUCCAAAUUUCAGGGAUAUUUCUUACAAUACAUUCACCGAUCUUUCAUCUGCACCAGCUGACUGUGAGCAAGAAUCACGGUUAGAAUGCUCUGUCUGUCGAACCUAUGGAAUUGAAUUCGUGUUUCUGAAAUUAAGCAAGGUUUACCUAACUUGCAGGAACUAUGUUGCCAGCUUUUCAUUGACAACAAGUGACUCGUAGGUUUCUGACAUUGUCAAAGUGUAUAUUCGCGGUAGAUUAAGAGUCUAAAUCAUUCCCUCGCUCCGUUUGAACCUUGUAGGAUAGCUUCAUGUUUGAGGAAGGACCACCCCUGUGAUGGCACAGCUAAAGGUGGGCGUAAAAUCUCCUUUCUAUGGAACAGCAUUUGAACCUUUUUAGUUUGUUCUUUGGUUUUGCGGGCUUGGAGUAAAACAUCCUUAUGAUGUUAUAUUUUGACUUUUGAACAUGACAUCCUCUUAAUUAAUUUAAUAAUUGGUUUUUUUAAAUUUCUGCAGACUAUAACCUUUUCAUAAAUUGCGGAGGUGAAAGGGUGUUUGUUGGUGGCAAUGAAUAUGAACGUGACUUGUCAUUUGAAGGCAUAUCCAAAUAUUACAUUUCCAGUGGUGGUAAAUGGGCUUAUAGCAGUACGGGGAACUUUAUUGGAGCAAGCGAACAACGAUUUUUAGCAGAAAAUGCAUCAACAUUGACAAUGCCCAAUGCAGAAUUGUACACUUCUGCUCGUUUGAAUCCUCUAUCUCUCAAAUACUAUGGUUUAUGCUUGCAGCCAGGAAAUUAUACGGUCAAAUUGCACUUCGCUGAAAUAGUUUUUACUUCUGGACCAAAAUUUGGCAGUCUUGGAAGGCGUGUGUUUGAUGUAUCAAUUCAGGUCAUUCUUUGGACUUACAGUUUUAAGGAAGACGUAUAUCUUAGUGUUGCUCUUUUCUUACAGACCUCCGUAAAAAUCUUUUCGCUUACUUCAAUAGGAUUCAUUCCGAAUUAUUUUUUCCCACAAUAUUAUUAUCUUGCUGACUUAGUAUCAUAUGUGCUGAUUCUUAUCCAAACUUCUUUCAUACAUGCGGUUGUCACUGAAGACAAUAUCUGGUAUUAUUUUUUGCAAACGAGAGGUCAUAAUUUUCGAUUGUUUUUUCGUUAUUCCCUUCUUCAUGUUCAUCGUAUCUGUUUAUAAAUACAAGUGCAUUAAGGUAUAGUGGUCGUCUCUAGAUUUCUGGUUCCAAAUUGGGCCUGGGCUCUCUAUUCCACUAUUUUUUGUUUGUAUUUACUUAACCAAGUCGUGUGUUGAUCCAGUUGACAAACUCUCCACAUUGGAACAGGGGAAAAAGGUAUUAAGAGACUUCAACAUUGCGGAAGCAGCCAAUGGGACCGGUAAAGAAGUUAUCAGGAAUUUUACUGCACUUGUAGAGGGUAGCACUUUGGAGAUCCAUUUCAUGUGGUGUGGCAAAGGGACGAAUUCCAUUCCAUAUAGAAGCGUCUACGGGCCUCUUAUAUCAGCAAUUUCAGUAACACCGAGUACGUACUGGAAGAUGGUUUCUGCUCUGCUCUUAUCACAUGAUUGGAUGAUUCUAAUUAUUUUUUUGCGUCGUAGAUUUCACACCUCGUGUGUUCAAGGACAAAAAGCUUCCAGAAGGUGCUAUCAUUGCAAUCGCAUGUUCUUCACAAGUACUAGUGCUGGUAAUGUUUUCGGGUAUUGUAUGGCGUUGCCUGAGAAGGAAACCCGUUAAGAACGACGGUGAGAUCCCGUUCGUUUUUACCUGUAAAUAUAUGGAGUACACGAAUCGCUAUAUCUUAGGAAAUCAUUGACGCAGAUCCGCACGUGGCAAAUUUUGGCUCUGAUCCUGUGCUCUUAUUAAUGUACCUUUGCUUGCCCGUGCUAUGCAGUUUUCUAGAAAUAUUAGUAGAGGAAUCCUCAGAUCUGCACUUAUCUAUUCUUUACUCUCAGUACGUAUGUGACUUCUAUCUGGAGCAUUUGAAAAGGAUGUAGCGAGAGUUUCUGCAACUUGUUGAGUUAUCAAGUGUGCUUGCGCUUCAUGAAAAUAUGAAAGCUUGGUGUUGAGUUUGGAGUGUCCUCAAAACUUUAUUUCAAUCAAUAUGUCGAAGUGACAUCGCAAAAUUGCGACAUGAUAAACUUCUCAAUGGACCAUGCUUGCUAACCAUUGUGUAGAUUAGUUAUACAGGUCAAAUGUCCUGCAUCCCGUAAAGUUGAAUCAUACGGGAAUGGUCAACACCACCCUCAAGCCAGACCUCCCUCUAAACAGUUUGUUGUUCGACUGGGCUCUUGCCCUGUUGCCUAGUUUUUGCACAGCCCUAGUUUUGACAUAAUUAAUAGAGCAUGUCUUUCUUUUAGCAGGUGACCACUCAGAUGUUUAUGAUAUAAGCGAUGAGACAAAGGGGUAGUCAUUCAAUGGCAUGUAGUGGUGGGAGUGAGGAAUAUCUGUUCUGAAGAUUAGUUGAGUAACGAAAACUUAAGUAGGCAUGUGUUCAGGAUACAUGAUGAGCUUUGUUAGAUAUUUUCUAUCAGCCCUUACAAUGGAAAUAGUGUAGAAGCCAGCUAAUGCGCAGUUGUGUGUUAUAGAUCCUCUGGUAUUGUUUUUUCGUUAUACUGAUGCCAUGAAUUGCCUUUUUCUUAUCCUUUGAGCAGAGCUCAAAGGUGUGGAGUUACGGACAAACUGCUAUAGUUUGAAGCAAAUUAAAGCUGCCACUAAGGACUUCGAACCUGAAAGCAGGAUUGGUGAAGGUGGAUUUGGUCCGGUUUACAAGGUCAACCACAUAGUCAUGGGUUCAUUCAGUUUUGCUUUAUGUCCGAAAUUUUAGUCAUCGUGUAAUCUUGAGAGCCGUAAUGAUAAUGCACGCAUGUACAAAACAUUCAGGGCGUUCUUCCAGAUGGUUCUAUGAUUGCGGUGAAGCAGCUUUCAUCCAAAUCAAUGCAAGGAAACCGGGAAUUUGUGAAUGAAAUAGGCAUGACAUCAGCCCUACAGCACCCGAACCUCGUAAGACUUCAUGGGUGCUGCAUUGAAGGGAAUCAAUUACUGCUGAUAUACGAAUACAUGGAAAACAACAGUCUUGCCCGAGCCCUAUUUGGUAACCAUCCUACAAUUUGCGUUCUUUGUACUUUUUGCCUCCUACUCUCUGGGAAUUGCUUGGUUGGUUUUAUUCUAUGAAGUUCUUGGGUAUAUGGCGUGGGUGUAACAAUCAUGGUGUUGACAGGUCCCGAAGGGUCGAAGUUGGAACUGGAUUGGCAAACGAGGCGUAAAAUUUGCAUAGGAAUAGCAAGGGGCUUGGCCUACCUUCACGAAGAGUCGAGGCUAAAGAUAGUCCAUAGAGACAUCAAAACGACGAAUAUUCUUCUCGAUAAGGAUCUGAACGCGAAGAUAUCGGACUUCGGACUGGCAAAACUCAACGAAGAGGAGAAUACCCAUAUCAGCACCCGAAUAGCAGGGACCAUGUAAGCAAACUGUUUAUCUGAAAUAAUGGAUUUUUGGGUCUGCUACUAGAGUGAUAUAAUUCGUUUUGCCAAUUGUUGACAUUUUCUCCUCAUAAGACUUGUAAUAUUGUUUCAGUUAUAUUGUUCAUUGCUGUUUUGUUUGAAUCAAUGCUCAGAUUUUUGUUGAAAUAAGUAUGGUCAUUUGGACAAUUUGGUUGCAAGAAUGUCUCAUUUUUAAUGCUUUCUCUGUAUCUUAAUUUCGUUCUACUUGAUCCUGCCUUCAAAAGUUAUUUGUUGAUCAAGGAAGUUUUGGGUUACCACCUCCAAUACAUCCUUCACUUUUUCCUUCUACGUACGCUAUCCAUCUCAGCAAUUGGUUUUUUUCAUCUGAAGCUGCCUGAAUUAGAGAACCUGUAAUUGUUGAUUUAUUUCAAUGUGAUGAAGAGGGUAAAAACCAGUUUUGUUUGGUGGUGCUGUCUCUUAUGCUAACGAUCACUUUCCUUGUCGUCUUCCAGAGGUUAUAUAGCUCCUGAAUAUGCUUUGAGGGGGUACUUGACGGACAAAGCAGAUGUUUACAGCUUUGGCGUGGUCACAUUGGAGAUUGUGAGUGGAAAGAGUAACUCCAGCUGUCGCGUUGAAGAUGACUUCAUGUACCUUCUCGAUUGGGUAUGCAACCCUCGAGCAGUAUGGAUGUACAAUUCUUGACUGUUCAAACCAAUUCAGGCUUGAGAUUUCUUGGUAAUGAUUUUUCCAUUUUUGUCAGGCCAAUGCUCUGCAGGAGAAGGGUGCCCUCCUCGACCUGGUGGACCCCGCGCUGGGUGGCAACUUCUGCAUGGAGGAAGCGCAGCAGAUGCUGAACCUUGGGCUCCUGUGCACCAACUCUACCCCGGCCCUUCGGCCUGCCAUGUCCACUGUGGUCACUAUGCUCGAAGACCACACGCCCGUUCAAGCCCCGGCCAUGAAGAUCACCCGGACAGAGAGCUGUGGAGCUGCUGAAAUUCAGGUCCUUGGGGACGCUCUCUCAGGAUGGCCAUAGCCAGACCGCGCCCAUGAACCGGACGAAAGCAGAUUAGAUUCCUCCUUGCCUAUGCAGAGCAGUAGAGGAGACGAUCACUUCCACUUCCACUCCAACACAGCCCGGCUCCUCGGUGACUGGACGGAGAUGCAGUGA